AUGCCACGCUGCCAGCCUCCUGUGCUGUGCAUGGCUGCUGUGCCAGGGUACCUCGGUGCAGCCAUCAGGGUUUACAUCUUGCAGAAGCACCAGGCAGUGGGCGUCAUCUGGUUCAAGUACCUGCUGAAGCGGGCCUUGGCCAUGGGUGUGCACCUCAGCCUCUUCCUCAGACCCAUCAACUCCAAGGGCAAGGGGGCCACUGGCAGCUUCAAAUUAGUUUCCAAGCACAAAAGGAAAAUCCAGCUCAAGAAGACGUCCACCAUGAUGGCUUCCAGGACUGGUGAGGACAAGAAGAAGGGGUCCAAGAAACCAAGUGAGACAAAGAAGGACCCUCCCAACCGUGAGGUGAAAAGAGGACCCAAGAAGCUAGAAAAGAUGAGGAUGCUUCUCUCCAAACCAGGUGUACCCAAAGAGAAGUUCCCCAGGAAAGGUAGCCAGACCAAAGACCAAGAGGGAAUACUGGGCAAGGCCAGGAAGUCCUCCCAACAGCCAGAUGACACAACACAGGUCCCUCCCAGUGCCAACGAGCCUGGAGGGAAGUCAAGGGUCAGAGGCAGAAGGAGUAGCCAAGUUGCCAAGGCCCACAGGAAGACAAAAGCUGAGAGUCGGAGUUCAAAACUCAUGGUCACCAAGGGCAAGAAUGGCGCUGCUUCCCCAGGCAAAAAAAGAGGGAAGCCAAGGUCCUUAAAGAGGUCACUGUCUAGGCAGCAGGGGAAGCUAAGAGCCAAGGCUACUGCUCCUUCUAAGGACAGUGAGCCCAAGGUGAUGCUUGCAUCGCUGGCCAGGAAGAUAGAGACUCCCAAGGGCCCAAGAAGGCUUGGCAUGCCCAGCAAGGCCUCAUUGUCCAAAGUGUCCAAUACAGACAGACACCCCGCAGGCCUCCCGAGUAAGCACAACAGGACUCAAAACACGGAAGCAGCAAGGCAGCAGGACCACAAGACAGAGACGCAGCUUAUAAACUGUCUCCGGCCCAGGCAGGCGCCUGUGAAAUGUUUGACAGCCCAGGAGAUGGAUGGGCAACAGGGCUCGGGCCACACUUCCAGGGCAGAAUUGAAGUCAUCCUUCCCGGGAACGGCCUCAUAG